ACGGUCACAGUCAGAAGCCUGUGCAGCUCAGCCAAUUAUCUUCAAGCGCCAAACCCCCAGAGCCAAUCAGAAGCUACGCUGGACGUCACGUGACGCGCGCAAGAGCGUAGAGCGGAAGGUCUUGUGGAAAACUACUUUGCAGCUUCAUGGCGGACAGCACACAAUAACAACAAUAUAAUUUCACAAGAAUUAAUGGCGCAGGAAUGAUGGAGAAGACUGAAGAGCCUCCUUCCUUAAACACCGAGGAAGAGGGUUCUGAAAAAGAGAAAAUCUGGUGUUUGCAGCGCGUGGGGAGAGACCGUGACUGGCUGCGUCUGUCCGAGGACUCAGAGGUUUCUGUUGGCCGUGGUCUGAAUGUGACCCAUCAGAUCCUGUCUGCCAGCUGUCCGCUGAUGAUAUCCAGAACUCACUGUGUGUUCAAGAGAAGCGAGGACAGACAGUGGACCGUGACGGACAAUAAGAGUCUGAAUGGCGUGUGGGUGAACGGGAGCCGAAUACCGCCUGGAAACCCCUGUUUACUGAAGCAGGGUGACUCUGUGCGACUCGGCGUCCCUCUCGACGGCAACCCCGUGGAGUUCGACUACAUCCUCGUCCAGAAGAAUUUCAGUGAAGUCAAAUCCUUCUUAUCGGGGAAUCUUAGCAAAGAAUCUGGCGCUGCUUCCUUUGGCCAAAAACUGAAAAACUCCAAGCGUAAGUUCGAUGGAGACGAGUCGGAGCCGUGUCCCACGCAGCACUCCAAAUCCAAGCUGUACCGCAGCUCCGGCCCGGAUAAGUCGCGUGCGCAGCCCUGCCCAUCCGGGGACCGCCGGGAACCGGAGAAAUGUUCCUCUAAACCUCUGGAGGAGGACAGAUGCGGCGAUAAAGCUGGAAGCAGCUCGAGCGGCUGCAGUGACCGCAGUCAGCAGCUGGCUAGUGUGCACCGCUACAACAGGAACCUGAUGUUCCUGAAGGGCCGCGUGGGCGACACGCAGAAGCGCGCGGCUGAGCUGGAGCUGCAGCAGCAACAGACGCCGGAGCGAGAGCGGGAGAUGCAGGAUCUGCAGGUGCAGCUGGAGAUGCUGCGGGGUCAGCUGAGGUCACAGCAGGAGCAGGCGCUCAAACGCAUGGAGACCCUGGAGAAAUCCUUCUGUGAGGAGGAACGACGCCUGGAGACUGAAAAAGCACAACAGAAUGAGGAUGGCUUGAAAAAACAACUUGUGGAGGCAUUGAAAGAGCACCGGAAAGUUAUCGAGGAGCUCAAACACGCUCGAGAAGGAUUCAAGCAAGUUCUUCAAGCCAAAGAUAAGGAGCUGGAAGUUACAAAGGUAGUUAUGGAAAAGUCAGAAAGCAAGCGUUUCUCCAGCAGUCGUGGUCAGAAAGCAAGCGUUUCUCCAGCAGUCGUGGUAAUAAAUGACGACAGCGACAGCAGCAGCAGCAGCGACGCAUUCUUUCAGAGUGACAGCUCGGUGUUCCUGAACUCCUCCGAGUCUAACGACUCACUGGUUCAUUAUGCCAGCGAUGACGACUCGUCCUGGACUGACGAGGACGAUUAUCUUUGAGAAACACUCAGACAUGCACUUGUGAAGAACACAGGCACAGCUCAUUAGUUUUGUUUCGUUUAGCAUGCUAUUUUUAUGUUUGUAGCUCACUAUCAUUUGUUUGGGCUUUCCUUGUUAAAAUAAACUUUAUAAUUAUUUUGCACUCA